GUAGGGGGCUUUUUGAGCAUCUUGCACAUGUUGGCAGUCUUAUCACCGAUCCUUGGAUGGUGAUUCGAGAUUUUAAUUGUGUGGCCUCUCCCACGGAAAGGAGGAACGCUAUGGGCUAAGCUUGACAUGGUCCUUUUAAAUUCGGUUUGGGCUCAAAGGAAUGUUAAUUGCAAGGCUCACUUCUGUGAGAUGGGUGUGGAAUUUGAUCAUACGGCUGCCGUUGUGACCAUGCUCCAAAACUCUCCAAACCAAGCUAAGCCUUUUAAAAUUUUUAAUAUGUGGCUUAAACACCACAAUUUUUCUAUCAUUUUGGCACAGGUUUGGAAUCAACGUAUUGGGGGCAAGGUACAAUUUUCUUUGUGUAGGAAGUUAAAUCUCCUUAAAGGACCACUCAGAGAGCUUAACAAGAAAGAUUUUGGCCACAUUUCUUGAGAGGCGAAGGAAGCUAAGGAGGAGUAUAAAAGACUCCAUAAAUUGUCUUUAACUUCCCCUUUGGAUGAGGAGGUUACUAAUGAUCUUAUGCUUGCUAAGAAGAGUUCCAUUUUCUUGAAAGAAGCCGAAACUAGCUUCUAUCAACAAAAAUCAAAGACCACUCAUAUUUUGGAAGCGGAUAAGAGCACCAAGUAUUUUCACGCCAUCGUCAAAAGGAAUACGGCCCGUAAUUCUAUAUCUUCUAUUACUUUGACGGAUGGUAGUCUCACUACUUCUUUGGAACAAGUGGGCACUGAAUUUGUGAGAUUUUUCACCGCUUUAUUUGGCACUCACGUGGACUCCAUGGAGAUUGAUCCCUCGGUCUUGGCAAGUGGGACCUUGAUGGAUCAAACUGUUCGUGAUAAACUUAUUGAUCCCAUUACGGAUUUAGAUAUUAAAUAUGCUCUUCGGCUUUCUUUAAAGCUAAUUGGCAACUGGCCGGUGACGAUGUCACGAGGGCUGUUAUGGAAUUCUUCUCUUCCGAGAAAUUGCUCAAGCAAGUGAAUCACAUGAUUAUUGCUCUGAUCCUCAAGACUAAUCAUGCGCCUAAAGUCUCAGAUUAUAGGCCCAUCUCUUGCACAAAUGUGGUCUAUAAAAUCAUUACUAAGAUUUUGGCUAACCGUAUUGCACCGUGCCUUCCAGCUUUUGUAGAUCCGGCCCAGGGGGCCUUUGUACAUGGCCGACUUAUGUUCGAUAAAAAUUUUCUUGCUCAAGAUCUGGUGCGUGGCUACACAAGAAAGCGCAUCUCUCCUCGAUCGAUGAUUAAAGUGGAUUUGAGGAAAGCUUAUGAUACCAUAUCCUGGACCUUCUUAGAGAAUAUUCUUAUUGGCCUGGGCUUCCACCCACGGUUUAUUGGCCGGAUUAUGGAGUGCGUUACUAAUGCGUCUUUCUCUAUAUCUCUUAAUGGCUCGCUAUUUGGUUGGUUUAAAAGCAAAAGGGGUAUCCGACAAGGGGAUCUGAUGUCCCCCCUCUUAUUUGUCCUUUGUCUUGAGUACUUUUCCCGAUUGGUGAAGAUGAAAACGAAGGUAUCAAAGUUUAAUUACCACCCCCUUUGUUCCUCUCUUUCUAUUACUCAUUUGGCAUUUGCCGACGAUCUCAUGCUUUUCUCAAGGGGUGAUGUUCAUUCUAUUAAUAUUUUGAUGAAAGCCCUUGAAGAAUUUGGAGAUACUUCUGGUCUCAAAAUUAAUCAUGGAAAAUCCAACAUUUUUAUUGGCGGUGUUGCGGACUAUGAUAUUGCUAAUAUACUUUACUUGGUUGAUUUUGGUCGUGGGACUUUCCCCGUCAAAUACUUGGGUAUACCGCUUGCCUCUCUUUGGGUUUCUGUAGCUCAAUACUCUCCACUGUUGGAUACUAUUACAGAAUUCUUGAACGCUUGGAAUGCAAAGUGUAUAUCUUAUGCCGGAAAGCUCGAACUCAUUCGAUCGGUUGUACAAGGUGUACAAUCUUUUUGGCUUCAGGUUUUCCCAAUUCCCCAAGCUAUCUUGGACAGGAUCGUGUCUAUUUGUAGGAUUUUUCUUUGGGGAGGUAAAUAUGCAAAAGUGUCAUGGGAUGACAUUUGCCUCCCAAAGAAUGAGGGUGGUCUUGGAAUUCAUUGUGCUAAAGUCUGGAAUGAGGCUCUUCUUGCGCGUACUUUUUGGAAUAUUCACAAAAAUGAAGACACUCUUUGGUCCGAUGGGUUAAUAGCGUUUAUCUUAAAGGAAAAAGUGUGUGAGAUUUUUCUCCACACAAUCGGGACUCCCAGCUUAUGAAGAAGCUUUGCUUUAUUCACAAUAGGAUUUGCCAGAAAUUUCACAACACAAACGAGGUUGUUAUGGCCUUGAACAAUAUGUGUAACAACGGCAAUCUCACCUCGGCGAAGGUUUAUGAUUUAUUGCGCACUAAAGGCACGGCCAGACCUUGGAUGCCGUUUAUUUGGAAGGGGUACAUUCCCCCUAAAUUUUCUUUUACCGUCUGGCUUGCUUUCCGGAACCGGUUACCCACACAAGAUAAUCUUUCCUAUCUUAAUAUGGUUAACCGGUGUGACCUUUGUAAGGGUGGUUGUCCUUUUGUGUGCGGGAUCUGGACGAAGAUAAGGGACUGGAUUGGAAUUACAAAACAUAUGACCACCUUGGAGAAAGCAAUCAAGUGGAUUAGGAGAGACCAUGAAGGUGCACUCAUCAAAUCAAAAACUGUUCGCUUGACUUUCUGUGCGACGAUUUAUUGGGUUUGGCAUACUAGGAAUGUUUGUCGCUUCGAUGAUAUCAUGAAGACUGAAGAUGAUGUUGUAGCAAAGAUCAAGCACGUGGUUUACAAGAUUCUCUACAACAUCUAUCCUUAUGAAUUGAUCACUUUUUUAUUUCUUUAGCCACAGCUAGUGUAUGUUUCGUUGAACUUUUGGUGUGUGCAUCUUGCAACAUCCUCUGAUGGCUUGUUUUGCCUUGGUUGUUUUUGGACCGACCCGUUAUUGGGUGUAUGUCUUGCUUGAUUAAAUGGUGACCAACCUUGUUGGUAGGUUGCGUUUUAGUUUUGGACGC